CCAACUGUGUUCAAAUUCAGGGGAUGGCCAGCGUGGCGGACCCAGGCUCAGCGCUGGCAAAAAAAAAAAAAAAAAAGAAAAGAAAAUCCACUCCUGGUUUUCGCGCACACCAGCCCGGCUUCCCGGGCCCGCCGCGGUGUCGAGUCCCGAGCUGACGCCCUCGAGACGCCACCAAGCGGAAAACCCGGAGUGGGUUUCCACGCCUUUUGGAACGGAGUCAAAGGGCACCUCGGAGGAGGCGGCCGGCUACCCCGCCCUGGCGGAUUCGAAGCCGCUGCCUUCGGGGGCGCGCCGGCCGGGCUGGUCGCGCCAGUGCGGCGGGUCCCGCAAGCUCGCAGGACCCACCCGAGGGCUCCGCGCCCUCCCCGCGGGGGCCGCGGGCGGGGCGCGCGGGGCGGCCUUGGUGCCCUCGGGGCGGCUCCGGGCGGCGGCGGGCGCGGGCUGCAGUGCGGCGGCGCGGCCGGCAGCGGGCAGCAGCGGGCGCAGGCGGCAGCGGUGGCGGUGGCAGCGGCGCUCGGCAGCGGGCGGGCGGCGCCGGCGGUGCCCGGGGCGCGCUCACACACGCGCUCACACACACACAUACACACGGCCUCGUACACACUCACACACGCUCCGGCGCGCACACGCGGCGCGCAGGCCGGAGGGAGGAGGCUCGGCUCGGCGGCGGCGGCGGCAGCGUGCUCGGCGGGCGGGCGGGAGGGCUGGCGGGCGGCCCCCGCUCCCCGGCUCCGCGGCUCGGUGCAGCCCGCGAGGCCCCCGCCCUCGGACCCGCCCCCGGGGGUCGCCCGGCCUCAUGCCCUGCAGCGGCGGCGGAGCAGCGCGCGGCCGCGGGAGGCUCUGAGGAGCCCGGAGGGAGCCGGCGACGAGGGGACCAUGUACCGGGACCCGGAGGCGGCCAGCCCAGGGGCGCCCACCCGCGAUGUCCUGCUGGUCUCUGCCAUCAUCACCGUCAGCCUUAGCGUCACUGUCGUCCUCUGCGGCCUCUGCCACUGGUGUCAGCGCAAACUGGGCAAACGCUACAAGAACUCCUUGGAGACCGUGGGCACGCCAGACUCAGGGCGUGGGCGCAGUGAGAAGAAGGCCAUCAACGAUCUAGACAGAGACUUUUGGAAUAACAAUGAGAGCACAGUGCAGCAGAAAUGGAGCUCCUAUCCUCCCAAGGAGUUUAUUCUAAACAUUUCACCCUACGCCCCUUAUGGCGACCCACGACUGUCCCUCAAUGGCACCCUCCUGUCGGGCGCCAAAGUGGCCGCUGCGGCGGGGCUGGCGGUGGAGCGGGAAGGCCGGCUGGGGGAGAAGCCGGCACCGGCGCUGCCACCCGGAGAGGACGCCUUGAGAAGCGGCGGGGCCGCCCCCAGCGAGCCGGGCAGCGGCGGCAAGGCGGGGAGAGGCCGCUGGCGGACGGUGCAGAGCCACCUGGCCGCAGGGAAGCUCAACUUGUCCAAUUUCGAGGACUCCACCCUGUCCACGGCCACUACCCUUGAGUCUAUCCCCAGCUCCGCGGGAGAGCCGAAAUGCCAGCGACCCCGCACCCUGAUGCGGCAGCAGAGCCUACAACAGCCGCUAAGCCAGCACCAGCGGGGCCGGCAGCCCAGCCAGCCCACCACCAGCCAGAGCCUGGGCCAGCUGCAGGCCCACACGGGCUCGGCGCCGGGCCCCAACCCCCGGGCCUACGGCAGGGGCCAGGCCCGGCAGGGCGCCUCGGCCGGCUCCAAGUACCGGGCGGCCGGCGGCGGCCGCAGCCGCUCCAACCCGGGCAGCUGGGACCACGUGGUGGGGCAGAUUCGAAACCGAGGCUUGGACAUGAAAUCCUUCCUGGAAGGCAGGAUGGUGGUGCUAUCCUUGGUCUUAGGGCUUUCGGAACAGGAUGACUUUGCCAAUAUCCCUGACCUGCAAAACCCAGGAACCCAGCAGAACCAGAACGCUCAGGGGGACAAGAGGUUGCCUGCAGGAGGGAAGGCGGUGAACACAGCCCCAGUGCCCGGCCAGACACCCCACGAUGAGUCUGACCGCCGGACCGAGCCACGCUCCUCCGUCUCGGACCUCGUCAACUCCCUCACCAGUGAGAUGCUCAUGCUGUCCCCAGGCUCCGAGGAGGACGAGGCGCACGAGGGCUGCAGCCGGGAGAACCUGGGCCGGAUCCAGUUCAGUGUCGGCUACAACUUCCAGGAGUCCACACUCACUGUGAAGAUCAUGAAGGCCCAGGAGCUGCCAGCCAAGGACUUCAGCGGCACCAGCGACCCCUUUGUCAAGAUCUACCUGCUGCCGGACAAGAAGCACAAGCUGGAGACCAAGGUGAAGCGGAAGAACCUGAACCCCCACUGGAAUGAGACCUUCCUCUUUGAAGGUUUUCCCUACGAGAAGGUGGUGCAGAGGGUCCUCUACCUCCAGGUCCUGGACUACGACCGCUUUAGCCGCAAUGACCCCAUUGGAGAGGUGUCCAUCCCUCUCAACAAGGUGGACCUGACCCAGAUGCAGACCUUCUGGAAGGAUCUGAAGCCAUGCAGCGAUGGGAGUGGGAGCCGAGGGGAGCUGCUCUUAUCUCUCUGCUACAACCCCUCUGCCAACUCCAUCAUCGUGAACAUCAUCAAAGCCCGGAACCUCAAAGCCAUGGACAUCGGGGGCACAUCAGACCCCUACGUGAAGGUGUGGCUGAUGUACAAGGACAAGCGGGUAGAGAAGAAGAAGACAGUGACGAUGAAGAGGAACCUGAACCCCAUCUUCAAUGAGUCUUUUGCCUUUGAUAUCCCCACUGAGAAGCUGAGGGAGACAACCAUCAUCAUCACUGUCAUGGACAAGGACAAGCUUAGCCGCAAUGACGUUAUUGGCAAGAUCUACCUGUCCUGGAAGAGCGGGCCCGGGGAGGUGAAGCACUGGAAAGACAUGAUUGCCCGUCCCCGGCAGCCGGUGGCCCAGUGGCACCAGCUGAAGGCCUAAGUGGGGCCAAGGGAGGCCCGGGGGGCCGAGGGCCCGGGUCCCCAUCAUGCCCUCACCACUUUAUGCACAAUGCCCGGCCUGGCCCCCCGCCAUAGGUGAGGGGAGGACCCCGAGGGCUUGGCCAUGGAGGGGUCCCAGGAGUCAGUUGGGCCCCGUUUCUAGGAAGUACCAGCCUCAUCCUCCACUUGUCCAGCUCUGGGGGAGGGGCUCUGGGAGCCAUUUUCCUGCUUUGCCCCUUUCCUUCCUGACUUGCUGAUACUAAAGAAGUGAGGGAGAGUGCGAAGGCCAGACAGGCAGACGGGCAGAUCCCUCCAGAGGCCCGCCAGGUGGGCACGGUCCCCCGUUUUCUUUAAGGCAGUGCCUGGAGUGGAGAGAAGCUGCCUCCUCCCCAGCUCCCGAUGUGGGCCCAGGAGAGGGGAGGCCGGGGCGUUUGGCCCCGGCCUGGCCGGGAAAGGCCCGUUCCCCGGGCAGUUUCAGGUGCCGACUGGGCCCUGAAUGCCAAGGAUAGUAUAUAGCCCGCUCCGGGGUCCUGGAGCCGCAGCCUGUGUCCUUGCGUCGUGUCCACUGUGUGCGUGUGUGUGUGUGUGUGUGUGUGUACGGGGGUGGGGGCACUCUUACCCUGUCCCCGCCCCAGGGGCCGGCAGUGCAGAGAGGGCAGGGUUUCAUAAAGUGAGGCAGGGCAGGAGGCUGAGAGAGGUCUACGCACAGAGCCAGGGGGUGGGCUAGGAGAGGCGGGUGAAGGGGGGACUGGGGAAAGGUGGGUGGGGGGGAGAGGGGCAGACAGUGGAGCCGGGCUGAGAAUGUGGCUGCCUCCUGCCGCCUCCACCCCGAGCCCCUCUCUGCUCAGUGUUCUCCAGUAGCUCCCUGCCUAGCGAUUUCAUCUCUUGCACAUCAUUACACACCUUUUAGGCACCUACUGUAUGCAUCACAUUCCACCAGGACUCACCUCCCUUCCUUCUCAGGGCCCAAGCCCCCCCAAUAGCUCUCUUCUCCAGCACCAUCAUGCAGACACCCUCAGCCUUCCGGGAUCUCAUAUCCCAGCCAAAGCUGGCAAUAUUCUCCAUGCUUCCCAGUUUCCUUCUCCUUCCCUAUCUCUACCCUGGUGCCCCCCCCCCCCCCGCACGCUGUUGGAACCUCUGCAUCCUCCUCCUCCCCCGUGUUCACAGACCCUCCCUUCCAUUCGCAGUCAGGAGUCUCUGGCCCCACCUUCUUUCCCCAGCAGCCGCUUCUGCCCCUCAGGUCACGCAGGAAACCAGGAAAAGUCCAGGAUGCUGCAGGUUCUGAGGUUGCCCCACACAAGCUGUGGUUUCUCUGCCUCAGCAGCUACAGAGACUAAAACUGGCUUCCCCUUGGAGACAGCAGAUUCCGAGAUGAUCCCUGCCUAAGCCUGCUCAUCCCCACGAGGGUCCUGAUACUGAUACAAGGCAGCUGGUGACUGUCUCAAGCCCAGGGGUCCGCGAGCCUGGGCCUGACAUUUCUGACACACGCCACCAGGUGGCGCCCAGACACCACAUCUGUGGCUGCUAUCUGGGACCACAGUUCUACACCCCCUCUCCCCUGCCCCCCCCCUCCCCUGAGCUGGGCCUGACCCCAGGGGAGACUCUGGAUAAGGUUAGGGUCCCCACCUGCGGAGCACGGCAAAAGCAUGGGAAUUGGGGAACCAUUUUCCUUCAGUAGGCUUCCUCUUGAGCUGCCCACAUGCAUUACACUGAAUCUCACACCCUGGCCCCAUUCCCCUCCCACUAGGAUCUGGAGGAAUAUCACACAGAGUAAGCAAAUCAUUUUGUAGAUUGAGGAGUACUUAUGUGAAGCAAAUAGUCACCCACAUUUCUUGUAAAUCCCAAUUUUUCUGUGUUGUAGCUUUGCUUAGAAUGAGGGCCGGCCCCAACUGCAGGGUCCUUUUUGGG